AUGCCUUUUGUAUUCUCACACCAUGAAGUAUGGGCAUUACCGGAAGAUAUUAAACGCAUCUAUCUAUCUAUCUAUCUAUCUAUCUAUCUAUCUAUCUAUCUAUCUAUCUAUCUAUCAUUGAAACCAAGUAGCUGGGAUAAUCUAUCUAAAGUCUUUCAUAUCUAUCUAUCUAUCUAUCUAUCUAUCUAUCUAUCUAUCUAUCUAUGCCUGAACAAAUCCCCAUAUAUAGUUUUAUCUUUCUGUAUGUAUGUAUGUAAGUAUGUAUACAGAGCUAUUUCUUUCUUUCUUUCUUUCUUUCUUCAUUAUCUAUCUAUCUAUCUAUCUAUCUAUCUAUCUAGGGACAUAGAAGAAGAUUUAACCUAUCUAUCUAUCUAUCUAUCUAUCUAUCUAUCUAUCUAUCUAUCUAUCUUACACUGUUCAUUAUUUUGCUCGCCAACUAUCAUAAACCCUUCCUUCCUUCCUUCUUUCCACCCUUUCUUCCUUCUUCCCUUCCUUCCUUCCCACUUGUCUAUUAUUAUCUUGACGAGUGGCCAUCUAUACACAUCUAUGUAUGUAUCUGGAACAAUUUAUUUGCAUCUAUCUAUCUAUCUAUCUAUCUAUCUAUCUAUCUAUCUAUCUAAUAGAGAAUUUGUUUAUAUCUAUUUAUCUAUCUAUCUAUCUAUCUAUCUAUCUACAGUGGCCUAA